AUGAACUUGACACAGUUCAAAGAGUCCGGCUUUGGCAGUUUGAGCUCCUUCAUGAUAAGAGAUGAUAUUGGACAGCUUGUUGUCGGAGCCAGAGGGAAAGUGCUCACCCUCGAUUUGGAUGAUAUCACCAAAAAGACCAGUGAGGCCGAAUGGACCGUCAGUUCAGCAGACAAAGCCCUCUGUCAGAUGAAGGGCAAAGACACUGAGAAAUGCGAUAACUUCAUCAGGAGCCUGCACACAACAGAAGAUGGUAAAAUGCUUGUGUGUGGGACCAACGCUUUCAACCCUGCGUGCGACUACAUGACUUUCACAAAUGGAACAAUUACCCUGGACCAAAACAAGCAUGUAGGAAGGGGACGAGUUCCUUUCGACCCUGACCAACGCUUUGCCUCCCUUAUGACUGGAAACACUUUGUACUCUGCUACUUCCUCCAACUUCCUGGGCACAGAGGUUGUGUUUCAGAGACACGGACUGAACCCUCUCAAGACUGAAAUCAAACGUUCCUGGUUCAAUGAGCCCACCAUGAUUUCCAUAAACCUUGUUGAAGCGAGCAAAGGUAGCAAGAACGGUGAAGACGACAAUGUGUUUUUGUUCUUCACGGAGAAGGCUGUGGAGGAACGUCGUGACAACAUCCAGGUGUCGAGGAUAGCCCGAGUGUGUAAGAGUGACUUGGGGGGCAAAAGAACCUUGCAAAGAAAGUGGACUUCAUUCUUGAAGGCCCGUUUGGACUGUCCAUUUGGCUAUGUCGGCUCACCUUCCCUUAUCCAAGAUGUUUUCCUUCUUCAAGACCCAAAAAAUUGGAAGGAUAGCAUCUUCUACGCCACAUUCACCUCCAACCCUGAGGCCUCAGGUGCUUGCAACCAGUCUGCUGUUUGUGCAUACAAGCUGUCAGACAUCAGCCAGGUGUUCAGCGGGAGGUUUUUGACUGGGUCAGAUACUGGGAGUUGGGACACAUACAGAGGAGAAGAGCCUGUUCCCCAUCCUGGUUCAUGCAUUAAUGAUGAAAUGCGGGCCAAAGGUGUGAAGACCUCCCUACACCUCUCAGACAAAACCCUGCUAUUUAUGAAGAAUCACCCUCUCAUGGAGGGCGUGGUAACACCUAUAACUGGCAAACCUCUGCUGGUUCAGACAGGGACACGAUUCACCAAAAUUGUUGUGGAUCAAGUUGAGGGGCUGGAUGGGCGACAGCAUCAAAUCAUGUUUAUUGGCACAGACUCUGGUUGGCUUCAGAAGGCAGUGAAAUUUGACGGCGAGGGUGGUCAUAUCAUUGAGGAGCUGCAGCUGUUUCAAACUCCUCAGCCUGUCAACUUUCUCCAGCUGUCCUCCAAAACUGGCCAGCUGUACACAGGGGCCAAUGACAUGGCUGUUCAAGUUAACAUAAGGGACUGCAGUCGCUACACAUCAUGUGAUGACUGUCUUCUUGCCAGAGACCCAUACUGUGGCUGGGACAAGAUCAGAGGCCAGUGUGCGUCUGUUAUUGGCGCAUCACCUGGGUCUAUGAUUCAGAGUCUCAGUGAUGGGGACAUCAAGGUGUGCCCGAUCCUUGACUUGGAAAGGAAACCUGACGUCAUCCACCUCACCACGGGGAUAGCCCAGUUUCUCCUAUGUUCCCCAGAGACCAACCUCCCAAUCAACUGGCGCUUCUCUGACAGCACCCUCCUUCCUGGCCCCCGUCACACUAUGCUCAGCCAAGGUCUUAUCAUUAUACCUUCCUUGUCUGAUACGGGCCUCUACACCUGUGAGACAGUGGAAACAGUGAAUGGCAAAGUACACCAGAAGACAGUGGUCCAGUACCUCAUCCAGGUCGAGGACACUACAACUGUUAUCAGGUACUUCAGGGUGGCUGUGGCAACCCUGGCUUGUCUCAUAGGGUUCCUGAUAUUGCUCUACAUAAAGGCCAGAAAGCGAAACCACAUUGGUUGUGCACCACAACGCCACAUGGAGGAAGGUAGGGCUCCCUGUGGCCAGAAGGAGGACCCCUACAUGAUGUUUAACAGUGGGCGUGAUGAGAACUCUGGCACAGAGGAGGUGCAGAACAUGCAGACUGAUAGUGUUACAGCUGUAGGCAUUCUCCCAGAAGGCACUGUGGAAAAACUGGCUGAGGAGAAGGUGGAGGUGAAGAACAAUUACUACUGCACAGUUAUUGACAUUGAGUGA